CUCAUCCGCUCGGAGUGCGGGUAGUGCUCUCGCGUCUUCUCCACGAUCGCAAACGACGUCAGCAUUCAUUUCCUUUUCCACAAUUCAAUAUUCCUAUCAUCCACGCCAUCAUUCACUCGCAAAACGCGCACUUCGACCCUCGCCUGUCAUCGUCGCGUGCGGUCGUAUUCAGUCAUACUCUGGACGCCCUUUGAGGCGGUCCUGACCACCAUAUGCAACGUCGAUAACCCUUAAUUGUCCCGCACCAUGGCUCCAGGAGGUGGAAAUAUCAAGGUGGUGGUGCGAGUCCGGCCUUUCAACUCGCGUGAAAAUGCCCGCAAUGCAACAUGUAUCGUCUCCAUGAAAGAGACCCAGACGGUCUUGACACCACCACCAGCAGAAAAGGGCAAGGCAAUCAAGGCAGCACUCGAAGGAAGCAAAACCUUCGCGUUCGACAAGUCAUAUUGGUCAUUCGAUAAGAAGGAUCCAAACUAUGCAGGUCAAGAGAAUUUGUUCACUGACCUGGGUCGGCCACUCCUCGACAAUGCCUUUCAGGGUUACAACAACUGUAUUUUCGCGUACGGACAGACUGGUUCGGGAAAGAGCUACAGUAUGAUGGGAUAUGGAGAGGAGGAAGGUGUGAUUCCCAAAAUCUGUCGGAAUAUGUUUGAGCGCAUCGAUGUAGUGCAAGGUCAGGACAAAAACGUGAGCUGCACGGUGGAAGUGUCAUAUCUGGAAAUCUACAACGAGCGCGUUCGAGACUUGUUGAAUCCUACGACCAAGGGAAAUCUCAAAGUGCGUGAGCAUCCCUCCACGGGUCCGUACGUCGAGGAUCUCGCCAAAUUGGCUGUGCGCAGCUUCGCGGAGAUUGAUCAUCUCAUGGAUGAAGGAAACAAAGCACGAACGGUCGCUGCAACGAACAUGAACGAGACAUCUUCCCGAUCACACGCCGUCUUCACCCUCACCUUGAGUCAGAAAAGACACGAUGUGGAGACCAACAUGGACACCGAAAAGGUGGCAAAGAUCAGUUUGGUCGAUUUGGCAGGUUCUGAACGCGCGACAAGCACAGGUGCCACAGGAGCUCGAUUGAAAGAAGGUGCCGAAAUCAACAGAUCUCUGUCUACUUUGGGUCGUGUCAUUGCAGCACUCGCAGAUCUGAGCAGCGCCAAGGCAAAAUCGAAACCGAUUCAAGUGCCAUAUCGAGAUUCAGUCUUGACUUGGCUUUUGAAGGACAGCUUGGGAGGAAACAGCAUGACAGCGAUGAUCGCUGCCAUUUCACCAGCAGACAUCAAUUUCGAAGAAACUUUAUCCACGCUACGAUACGCCGACUCAGCCAAGCGAAUCAAGAAUCACGCAGUGGUCAACGAAGAUCCAAACGCCCGCAUGAUCCGCGAGCUGAAAGAGGAACUAGCGCAACUAAGAUCGAAACUCAGCACCGGCGGAUCAAUCGCUGAAGAACAGUAUAGUGCCGACACUCCACUCGAGAAGCAAAUCGUCAGCAUUACGCAGGCCGAUGGCACAAUCAAAAAGGUGUCCAAAGCUGAUAUCGCUGAACAACUUUCGCAAUCUGAGAAGCUUUACAAGGACCUCAAUCAGACAUGGGAGGAGAAACUCACAAAAACCGAACUCAUCCACAAGGAGCGAGAAGCUGCGUUGGAAGAGCUUGGUAUCAGUAUCGAGAAGGGUAAUGUCGGCCUCAGCACACCGAAGAAGAUGCCUCAUUUGGUCAAUCUCAGCGACGAUCCUUUGCUUGCAGAAUGCCUGGUGUAUAAUCUGAAGCCAGGUACAACGACUGUAGGCAACGUGGAAACAAAUCCACUUACGGCCGACGGCGAGCCUGAUGCUGCGACAAAUACAUCGGUUGAUAUUCGUUUAAACGGCUCGAAGAUCUUGCACGAUCACUGUACAUUUGAAAACGUCGACGGUGUUGUGACCGUCAUACCAAAGGAUGGUGCGGCCGUGAUGGUGAAUGGUAUUCGCAUCGACGUGCCCAAUCGACUCCGGUCAGGGUACCGUGUUAUCCUGGGAGAUUUCCACAUUUUCCGUUUCAAUCAUCCACAGGAAGCACGAGAAGAGCGAGCCGAGCAGGGUAGCUUACUCAAAUACUCCGUGACCGCUGAUGAACUUGACGACACACCGUCUCGAAGACCUGGACAUGAUCGAAGCGCCAGUGCUAUCAGCGGACUCAUGUCCGACUUCGAAGGUGGCACCGAUACACCUGGAUCACCGGCACCAUGGCGCCAUAGCCACGAUAACGAUUGGGCAUUCGCGCGGAGAGAAGCCAUAUCUUCGACACUAGGACCUGACCAGAAGAUGUCCGACUUGACGGAUGACCAGCUAGAUGUACUCUUUGAAGAUCUACAGCGGGUUCGGGCAGUCCGUAGAGGGCGAUCCGAAGGCAAGCUGCUUGAGUCGAUUGGUGGCGACACUGACACAGAGUCGAUCGCGUCACACCCCGUGCGUGAAAAGUAUCUUAGCAACGGCACAUUGGAUAAUUUCAGCUUGGAUACCAUGCUGACGAUUCCUUCGACGCCGCAACAUGGCGAGGAAGAAGACAAACUUCGGCAAACCAAGGACGGCAUGCAGGCCCAGCUGGACAAGACCAAGGAAGAGUUCGAACAGAAGCUCGGGACCGCAGAAGAAGGCAGCAUGGAUCUUGAUGCCAUGCGACUUGAAAAGGCCAAGAUGGAGGAGUCUCUGCAGGAGAUGAAAGUUCAGAUGCAACGCCAGCUAGCCGAGCAAAAGGCCAAUUUCCAUCGGCAAAUGUCGCAAAUGAGAGUUGCGCCAAAGGCACGAAGAAAAAGCCAAGGCAAACUGGGUCUGAGUGAGCGCGACACAUAUCUUGCCAAAUAUGUCAUUGAUCACUGGAAAAAGCAUCGAUACGUGGCCAUGGCAGCAAACGCUCUCAAGAAUGCCAGCACCCUCAAGGAAGCACAGAUCAUGAGCCAGCAGAUGAAGAGAAACAUCGUCUUCCAAUUUACAGUUGUGGAUGUCGGGCACACGUUUGGUUCUUCUUACGACCUCGUAUUGACUGGAAUGACCGCCGAAGAUAGCGAUGACCCAGAGCUCGAGAAUGCACAAAAGCCAUGCCUUGGCGUGAGAGUGAUUGACUUCAAUAACCUCGUUGUCACGCUGUGGUCGAUGGAAAAGCUCCAUAAGCGCGUGCGGGCGAUGCGACAGACACUGCAAUAUCUCGACCGACCAGAAUAUAUGCAGCACUUUAGCAUUGGUAAUCCUUUCGACGAGGAUUGCAUGCCGGAGUACACGCGUGUUGGUGAUGCCAACAUCCCGCUCGCGGCUGUGUUUGAGUGUCGAGUGCAGGACUUUAAUCUUGAUGUGUACUCGCCCUACACGUCAAGCAUCGUGGGCGUGGUGCGAUUGUCGCUUGAGCCCAGCUCUGCCGAAGCACCUAGCAAUACGCUGAAAUUUAAUGUCGUCAUGCAUGAGCUUAUCGGCUUCGCAGAACGGGAGGGCACCAAUGUACAUGCGCAGCUCUUCAUUCCGGGAGUUUCGGAGGAAGAUGGCGCUACCACAACCUCGUGGACAUCCGGUUUUGGUGAAGGUGCUGUCAGAUUCGAAAGUGUCCACAGCAUGAGCUUGCCGCUUUCAGCACCCCCGGAUGCAAACCUUCGCGUUAGCAUUUUUGCCAAGGUGACAACGAUGCAUCUUGAUAAAUUGUUGAGUUGGGAUGACAUGCGUGAUGCUUCCAUUACGUCAGUGGUGCAGAGCAAGAAGAAACGCAAGCAUUCACGAAUUCCGGAACACGAGUACUAUUCGGACGAACGUCAUGACGUGUUUGCUCGCCUUCAGAUUCUGGAAAUCAACGAAGAGGGUAACUACCAGCCUGUUGAAGUCGUACAAAGCGACACACUUGACCAGGGUGCAUAUCAAUUGCACCAAGGUUUGCAGAGGCGAAUAGUCCUCAGCCUGGUGCAUUAUGGUGGCAAUGUCCUGCCGUGGAAGGAAGUUGAUCGACUACAGGCUGGACAAGUACGCCUCUUGGAUUCUUCUGGCAAGGUAUCGGACAUCGACUCAAAUCAAGCAGAUGUGAUUUUGUCAAUGGUCUCACCAGCAGAGAUUCGAACGUCUUCCGAAGGCACCACCAAAGCUAAGAUCACCUGCCAGUGGGAGUCAAGUGCGCAUCACUCUGUGCUUCUCGACCGACCGCAACUCGACAAGAACAGGGUACAACUUACACUCAAGUGGCAAGUAGAGUCUCCACGUGUCACUCAUCCACUCAAGUUCAGUUUCGAUUUUUCUGUGCAGACCAGACCGCGGACAUGGUUCAGACAAGCUUCUCUACUGGGCCAGCUUUUUUAUAACCAGCGUGUAGUCCGGUCGACGGCAUCAAACUACUGUGUGACACUGAAGCCGAGCUCCGCAAAACGCGUCGGAGACCUGUGGCGAAUGGACACCACUGGAGAGUAUAUCUCCGGACAGGAAAUGCUCUCAAGCUGGGCGCCUCGUGGCGUGUCGUUAAUCCGAGACUUCAUGAAUCUUUGCAAGCAACAGCGCCGGACUGCUGAAAUUGAGUCAGCGCGAGGCAUCCUCAGCAUGGGAGCACUUUCGCCGCCGAUCAGGGCUACCGAAGUCAACGACGAGCCUCUGGGUGACAAACAAACUGCACUAUUGCAGAAGUAUGUGGAUCUCUGGCAGACGAGUCCUUCUGCUGGCGAGAUCAUGCUUCUACAAGCCGACGUAGAAUCACCACGACGAAGCGCGCGAACCAGCAAUGGAAGCGACAUCGCCAAGACCGAUGGCGAAGACGAGGACAAAUUGACGCCCUUGGCCGCCGUGGUAGAGCGACAUCUUAAAUCUUCCACCAUCCUCAAAGCCGGCUGGCUACUCUGUCCCGACCCUGCCGGCAAGCAUUGGGUACGGACCUACGUCGAGCUUCGGCGGCCAUACCUGCACCUUUUCAGCAAGGAAGGCGAUGAGGUCAACGCCAUCAAUCUUACGAAUUCUCGCAUAGACGCCGAUCCGCAGAUCGCCCAGCUUCUGCAACGACCGAAUCUCCGAAUGGAGGUAUGGGCUGUCUAUGCUACUAACAAGGCAUGGUUGUUCGCCUGUCGGAAUGAUACGGAGCGUGGAGAGUGGAUCUGGGCAGUCGAUCGGUCUUAUGUGGAGCGGUCAAUAGAAGGCACUGGAACUCACAGUCCUGAUGAUGAUGAGUGGUGAAGGAGGUGCAAGACGCCUGCUUUCAAAUUUCCUUUUGUUUGUUUUGAUUUGUCUGAUCAGCAGCAUUUCUUCUGUUUGCUAUUGUUGACGAUACCCAUCGCGAUUUUUCCCGCGGCUUGCUACGCGCGAUUGUUGAAGCUCGAGCCUCGAGUAGACGAUUCCCUUUUCUUCAUUCUCACUACGAGAUCUUUUCCUUUAAUUACCUAGUCCAUAGUGCAGGCACUUACUUUCCUUUGAUGCACACGGCAUUUCAUCGGUUUAUGUAUGACUACGUGAGCGGAGCC